AUUGUACUUCGGACCCUUUUGAGUGGCGAGCACUUCCGGAAUCUCCCGGGAACUUUGCGUGGUGCGAUUUCUAAACCAGCUCUGUGGCUCGCGUGCGGCCACCGGGGUUGCUUGCAACUUCACGCAUUUCGGUUUCCCGGCCUCAUGGCCGGACUGACCCUGUUUGUGGGCCGCCUCCCGCCCUCGGCCCGCAGUGAGCGGCUGGAGGAGCUGUUCAGUCAGGUGGGGCCGGUGAAGCAGUGCUUCGUGGUGACUGAGAAAGGGAGUAAGGCCUGUCGAGGCUUUGGCUAUGUCACGUUCUCUAUGCUGGAAGAUGCCCAGAGGGCCCUCAAGGAGAUUACCGCCUUUGAAGGCUGCAAGAUUAACGUGACUGUUGCCAAGAAAAAACUGAGGAACAAGUCCAAGGAAAAGGGGGGAAAUGAAAAUUCAGAACCCCCAAAGAAGGAGCUGAAGCCUAAAAAAGGCAAAGUGGCAGAUAAGAAAGCCCGGUUAAUUAUACGGAACCUGAGCUUUAAGUGUUCAGAAGAUGAUUUGAAGACAACAUUUGCUCAAUAUGGAGCUGUCCUGGAAGUAAACAUACCUCGGAAGCCAGAUGGAAAGAUGCGUGGUUUUGCUUUUGUUCAGUUCAAAAACCUCCUAGAAGCAGGAAAAGCUCUCAAAAACACGAACAUGAAAGAGAUAAAAGGGCGGACAGUGGCUGUGGAUUGGGCCGUGGCAAAGGAUAAAUAUAAAAAUACACAGUCUGCCUCUGUGCCAGGUGAGGAGAAGAAGCCUAAAGCCAAAUAUCAGUUAAGUAAAGAGAGUGGCAGGGAAGAAGAGGUUAAGGAGGAGGAGGAGGAGGAUGUAGGAGCAGAGGAGAAAGGUGAUGAAGAGGAGGAGGAGGAGAAUAAAGAGCCAGAGGUGACCAAGCCUGUGUGCCUUCAGAAGAGAGCAGCCGAGAGGGCAGCAACAGCAGAAAGCAGUGAAGAGGACACUUCUGACGGGGACAGUGACCUGGAGGAGAGAGAGAGCACUGACAGUGGAGAGGAACUGGCUCGGCAUGACACCAACGCUGCAGGACAGGAGAUUGAAGAUGUACAAGUCUCAAAGAAAAAGAAGAGGAAAUUACCCUCUGAUGUGAAUGAAGGGAAAACUGUUUUUAUCAGAAACCUGUCUUUUGACUCGGAGGAAGAAGAACUUGGGGAGCUCCUCCAGCAGUUUGGAGACCUUAAAUAUGUCCGCAUUGUCUUGCAUCCAGACACAGAACAUUCUAAAGGUUGUGCAUUUGCUCAGUUCAUGACUCAAGAAGCAGCUCAGAAAUGCCUUGAAGCUGCUUCUCCAGAGACUGAGGGUAGUGGGCUUAAACUGGAUGGCCGGCAGCUUAAGGUUGACUUGGCAGUGACACGUGAUGAGGCUGCAAAGCUCCGGACAAAGAAGGUGAAGAAGCCAACUGGAACCCGGAACCUCUAUCUGGCCCGAGAAGGCUUGAUUCGGGCUGGGACGAAGGCUGCAGAGGGUGUGAGCCCUGCUGAUAUGACCAAAAGAGAACGGUUUGAGCUACUGAAGCAUCAGAAACUCAAGGACCAGAAUAUCUUUGUCUCCCGGACCAGGCUCUGCCUGCACAAUCUCCCAAAGGCCGUGGAUGACCAACAGCUCAGAAAGCUGCUGCUGGAUGCCACUAAAGGGGAGAAGGGCGUGCGCAUCAGGGAGUGUAGAGUGAUGCGAGACCUUAAAGGAGUUCAUGGGAAAGUUAAGGGCCAGUCCCUGGGCUAUGCCUUUGCUGAGUUCCAGGAGCACGAGCAUGCCCUGACAGCCCUACGCCACAUCAACAACAGUCCAGAAAUCUUUGGGCCCCAGAAGAGACCAAUAGUGGAGUUCUCAUUGGAAGAUCGAAGGAAACUUAAAAUAAAGGAACUGAGGAUCCAGCGCAGCCUGCAAAAAGUGAAAUCCAAGCCCUCAGCCAGUGAGCCCCAGCAGAAACAGCCAGAGCUUGGAAAAGACCAUCAACGGAAAACAUCUCAAAACCACACAAAAGCACAAAGCAAAGCCUCCCUGGAGCAGAAGGGGAAGGCGGGCUGUAUCUCAUGGACGGGGUUCCAGACCAAAGCUGAAGUAGAGCAGGUGGAGCUGCCUGAUGGAAAGAAGAGAAGGAAGGUCUUGGUGCUCCCCUCACACCGAGGCCCAAAAAUUAGGUUGCGGGACAAAGGCAAAGUGAAGUCUCUCCCUCCCAAAAAGCCAAAGGCCCAGCUAAACCAGUGGAAGCAAGAGGAGGAAAAACCACCUUCCAAGCAGGUAUCUAGGAAAAAAGCUAAAGGAAAUAAAACAGAAAUCCGCUUCAACCAACUGGUCGAACAAUAUAAGCAGAAAUUAUUGGGGCCUUCUAAAGGAGCACCUCUUGUCAAGAGGAGCAAAUGGUUUGACAGUUGAUGGUGGCAGCAGAUUGGAUAAGAAGCUGGAUUGUGUGCUUCUUGGUAAAGUUCCCAGGCUCCCCACCCCCACCAAUGUCAUUUACUGAGGGAAAGAAAAACCCACUUUGUUAGGAGGCCCCCUGUGCACAUAGAAACUUCAGACACUCCCCAGUGCAUGGUUAGUUGACCACAAAGAGAACUCUCAGAAAAACAUCGUGAUGCUUCCUGCACAUUAUCUAGAUUAUUAAGUGAAGUUGUGUUUAUAAUUAUUACCUAGUUAAGUUCUUCUCAAAUGGAAACAGUCAUCAAAUGCAUUCUUGAGGGCUGAAUUUUUAAGGUAUAUAUUUUGUUAAGUGUCUUCUCUAAAAGAUACUGUGGCUUUUGAAUAACUGUCUCUCAUUUCUAACAUAUGUAAAUCCUUUAUUAUUUAUGAACAUUUUGACAUUCCUAACUCCAAUUCAGUUAUAUACAUAAUUAGGCCUACAUACUACAUAAAUUGAUUAAAUAAGAGCAGAGAAAAAUCAUUUCCAUUCUCAUCUCUGAGGGCGAAAGAAACUUGGAAGGUAACUGAGGGCAUGGGGCCUGGCAGAGAGCAACACCUGAUAAUUGUUUGCCAAAUGAGUAGGUUGUUGUUGGCAGUUUUGCAGAGGUCCUCAGACAACAGCGUCUGAUGAUGACCUGCAUUGUCUCUCAUCCAGUGCCCCGUCCUGAGGCCUUAGAGAGAUGGAGGUGGUGGAGACAGCAGUGAGCAGGAGGCCUGAGCCUGACCUGCCUUUGCCUACUGCGUGGCCUCCAACCACACAGACUCUGGGCAUUAGCUUCCUCGUCUAUAGAAUUAGUUUUUUGUGUUUUUUUUUGUAGAUAAUUAUUUUUUAUUGAAGGGUAGUUGGCACACAGUAUUACAUUAGUUUCAGGUGUACAACACAGUGAUUCAACAUUUAUAUACAUGAUAAUUCUAGGUACCAGCUAUCACCAUACCAAGUUGUUUCAAUACAAUAUUUUGACUAUAUUCCUUAUGCUAUACAUUACAUCCCGGUUACUUAUUUAUUUUACAAUUGGAAGUGUGUACUUUUUUUUUUUUUUUUUUUGUGAGGGCAUCUCUCAUAUUCAUUGAUCAAAUGGUUGUUAACUACAAUAAAAUUCUGUAUAGGGGAGUCAGUGCUCAAUGCACAAUCAUUAAUCCACUCCAAGCCUUAGAAUUAGGAGUUUUAAUGAAAGGUUUUCUCUGAUCCUUCCUGGCUCUAAAUUCUUAUUCUAAUUCAUUCUUCUCCAUAUUUAUAUUCUUUCUAUUUUUUAAACUCAGAGAGGGUAGAGAUGGCUUUCAUUACUCUUUAAAAAUUUUAGUCGUUACAAAGCUGGGAGGGAAGGUGAAUAAAUAUUAGAGAGUCAAGGUCCAGAAAGAUAAUGAUAGCCUGAAGAAAUGGGCUGAAUCUGAUGAGAGUCUUUGGGAACAAACAUGAAUUCCCUCACCUGGGUGCAAAAACCCUACUGCACAAGUUCUGGUGAGCUGAUUGAAUUCACAUUAUGAAGCAACUGUAUGGCCAUCACAAAUGGUAGGGACUGUUAGUCUGUGUCAUUAGAAAUGGGAGGGAGCUGCUCGUACUGAGCUGGCCAGGCCACACCUGUAAGACGAGUGUUAAUGGCCAAGUGGGUGAAGGAAAUCAAAGUGGAAACAAGAUGGAAAAAAAAUUGGUCAUGUGUUGAUUGUUGUUGAGGCUGGUCAUGGGUAAAUGGAGAUUUGUUACACAAUUUUCUCUGCUUUUUUGAACAUCUGAAAUUUUCCAUAAUAAGUUAAAGUCAGAUGAGUAACUGAAGGAAGCUGGUACUGAGAAGAGUGUUCUUGGGGUGUGAUAGCUGUUGGUAGAGCCCGGAAUAAUAUACAGAGGCAGACCAGUAAAAGUCAUGAGGAAUCAAAGAUUUUGGCUCAGUAUAUGUACGAACUUUAGUGCAGCUGUCAGAGGGGCAUGAGUCCCAUGUCUGGGCAGUCCAAGUAUAGAUGUAGUAAGUCUAUAAUAUUGUCUGGGGGAUUGGGUUAGAGGAGAUGGUAAGGAUUGGUCAUUAAUGUUUGGCCCCAAGAUGACCCAAAGACACGCCUCAUGUCUCAUCCUGGUCCUGAGGCUGCUUUCUAAAGAGAAAACCUGAUCAUUAUUCUCUGGGUGGUAUCCUUCCUACAGUUGGUCCUCAUUAAAUCAGUAUCACAGUCAAGAUGACUUAGCUCCUGCUUAAAACCCUCCAGUGGUUUCUCUUCUCACUGUGGUUGAAAUUUCAAGUCCUCAUAAUGUUCAGUGCCCUGGGUUCUCUGGCUCCUGUCACCCUCUUACCUGUCCGUGUCCACUCUCUCCCUUUCUUUCAUUUUUGGCCACACAGGCCUUCCUUCCCUUAGUUUGUUUAUGUGGAUAAAAUGAAAGUUGCUGUGGCCAGGAUUCUCACCUGGCCCUGGUUGACUAGCUCACUGCACACCUGUGGGCAGUAAAUGGCUGUUGACUAUAUAAAGAGCUCCUCCCGGUGCUCUGGGCCCGACACGGUGGUAGGGCUUUAAGGCUGCAGGAGAGCAGAGCAGAGGCUGGAGUGGUGGUAGCGCCAAGGACAGAGGCCCGGAGGCUGGCUCUGUGGGACAACUGUGCAGAGAGGCCCAGAGGAUGGCUGUGGGGGACGACUGUGUGGAACGGCUGUGGGGACAGAGGGACCCAGAGGCAGAGACUGGCUUGCUGCAUGCAGACUCGCUCUGAGUGAAUGGGAUUUUAGUGACUGACCUGCCACCAGGAAAUAAAGUUGGGUAUAACCCUUUCACCCUGAGAAUGUUUUGCUGUCAGUUUCUUUGGUCACACUGAAGCCAUAGCGAACUUCCCCCGGGGCUGAAACCCAUUGGCAAGGCAGUUUGGCUCUUCACCACUUCAGAGCCUUUGUGUUUGUUCCCUUCUCCGGGGGAGCUUUUCCCUCAUAUCCUUUGUUUAUCACUCAGACCCCUGGCUAAAGUAGGGCUUGAUUCUUCCCCUCCCCUCUAUCCUGAAUUCUGCUACACUCUUUAUUUUCUUCCUAGCACUCGUCUUUAUCUGAAAUUGUGUGUUUCUGCUCAGAAUGUUGCUUUGUGAGAGGAUGUGACCUCUCAUUGUUUGGACCUGUAGACAGCACCUAGAAUUGAGCCUGGCACUCAGUAGGUAUCAAGCAAAUGCUUUUGAAUGCAAAAAAUAAUGGGGCAAAGGAAGAAACAGCAUUCAGUAGGCUAAAGAAAGAGUUGGAAAUAGUUUCACACUACAUCCAUCCGAGGAAGGUCUGUACACUGUAGAGGGAGUAGGUAUUUUAUUAAGGGUAAACACACAACAGCAGCAGCCUGCGUGUCAGCUGCUCUGUUGCCCCUUGGUCAGCUCUGCUCACUAGGCACUUUUUUCCAUAAUACACAAAUAUCUAUAAAUUAACAUUCAAAAAUACACCUUAACAUUUAGGGUAGGUAACAAUUGGUGUUCAUUCAGAUAGCUUUGCCAGAUUCUUUUAGAUCCAAAAUUUCUUCUGACAGCUUUAGCAACCCAGUAUGUUUAAAACAUUGAACUCCCUGUAAAGUUAUUGAUUAUGAGGGCAAUCAUCCAGUCUCUCAACUAGAUUCCUUAUGUGGUGUCUUCCUUUGGGACCCUAACUUAGGUUAUCUUGGCAGCUCCUUGUACCCUUGCCCUGGGGAUAUUCAUGCAACAAGAGCUAUGCUCAGUUCUUCACUUCAGAGCCAGAUAUUUCAUGACAUGGAGUUUUCUGAAUUAAACAUGAUGGUGGGGAAGUACACACUGGUGAAAAAACAUUUUGUUAACAUCCAAGACUGAACGCCAUCAGUAAAAACUGUCAAGUGGUCUGUAGCAUUUUCCUGCUUCCUUACCCAGUAGCCUGGCUCAGAGAUAUUUCCUUUAAAUAAAAAGUCUUAAGAUUG